UUAUGCUAGGAAAGAACUUUAUGCUAAUAGUAUUAUAUUACCUAUGAAAUUAAAACAAGAAGUGAGUUAUAAAGUAGAGAAAUCUCAUAAAAGUGUAUCUUGCUUGCAAGAGAUAUUUAAUCUGCUAGCUUGUUUAAAGAAAAAUGAUUUUUCUCAAGAAUAUUGUGACAUAGAAAUUAAAGGUUUCCAAACAUGUUAUGAUGACCAUAAAAACACCUUAGCCAAACAAAAAAUUGAAAAUGAAAAUAUAAUAGCCUUGUCUGGAAAAACUCGAUAUCCCACCAAACAAUUAAAUAAAUUAUUAAGGAAAUAUUUGAACCUAAACCAUCAAAAUGUUUGUCACUUGAACCAGAAAUAAACUCUAAAUAGUCAAUAUGAACAGCUUCAUCCUUUUGAUGCCAUAAUAUUUUAAAAAGGA